UGGAGUCACCGGUGAGUUUAACAACAGCGGUGCUCAUAUCAUAAAGGACAGAAGAGCAGCGGAUCUGACAGGAGCUCAAGAAAACCUCUCAACGAAAAUCUUAGCAAAAUAUGUUUUCUCUUCCUACAACCUUUCAGUCGCAGGGAACAGUGCCUUUGACCCAUCUGAUCAAUGUGGUCCAGUACCUGAAGAGUUCAGCCAACUCGGCCGUAACCACAUCAGUGCAGAGUCUACAGAGAGACCUUUCACCUGAACAUGACCCAUUUCUCAGUGAGCCCAAGGUAAACUUGAAGGACCUGGGUCUGUCAGAGCUGAGGUUCAGUCAUGUACGUGAUGUUCUGGAGCGCCUGCUACCUUCGAUAGAUCCUGGGGAGAAAUCCAUCUCCAGCGCUGCUCAAAACUCAACAGCAUGGAGAACAUCUCACAUUUCUGCCCCCUCCUUCUUCCAAAACAAAUAUGGGUUCUCUCACAAACACGUGGGAUCUUUUGGCUGUCCGGUGUCUCGCAGACAAAAUUCCAGCUUUCUCCAGGCGGCCUGCGUAGAUCUGCAUCAUCUGCAAUUAUGGGUCCAAAACAGAGGUUUUAAAACAAUGAGAUCCAAGACCAGACAUCCGCAGUCUGUUUUUGAAGGGCCGGUUGAGGCAGAGAAUUAUACGCCAACCUUCAUGAAGGGACUCCUGAUAAAGGAAAAGCGAGAGAUGGGGAAUCUUGAACAGUUGCUGAAACAGAAUAACUUGCCAGAAUCUCACCAGGAUGCUUUUAAGACGGGCUUCACAGAGGGCUUCAUGAAAGCUCAGGCUUUGACGCAGAAGACUCAAGAUUCUGUAAAGAGGACACGUUUGAUUAUUUUUGUCCUCUUGCUGGUGGGUCUGUAUGGUGUGUCCAGAAGCCCUCUGUUCUCGGGUAAAGGGUCGUUUUCAGACACUGUUCGUUUCCGCACCACCUCUGGUCUGGAUUCAGCCGUGGACCCCGUUCAGAUGAAGAAUGUCACCUUUGAACACGUGAAAGGUGUAGAGGAGGCCAAAAACGAACUUCAGGAUGUUGUCGAUUUUUUACGAAACCCCCAGAAAUUCACCGUGCUCGGUGGUAAACUUCCCAAAGGCAUCUUGCUUGUGGGGCCUCCAGGAACAGGAAAAACCCUGCUGGCCAGGGCUGUAGCAGGUGAAGCAGACGUGCCCUUUUACUACGCCUCCGGGUCAGAGUUUGACGAAAUGUUUGUGGGAGUUGGCGCGAGUCGUAUCAGAAACCUUUUCAAGGAAGCCAAAGCUAGCGCACCGUGCGUAAUAUUUAUUGACGAACUGGACAGUGUAGGAGGGAAGAGAAUCGAGUCUCCCAUGCACCCAUACUCAAGACAAACCAUCAACCAGCUGCUCGCUGAGAUGGAUGGGUUUAAACCCAAUGAAGGAGUCAUCGUGAUUGGAGCUACGAACUUUGCUGAAGCUUUGGACAAUGCUCUGGUGAGACCAGGCCGGUUUGACAUGCAGGUCACGGUCCCAAGACCAGAUGUGAAGGGACGCACAGAAAUCCUGGAGUGGUAUUUGAAAAAGAUUAAAGUUGAUUCUGCCGUUAAUGCUGAGAUCAUUGCUAGGGGAACAGUGGGUUUUUCUGGAGCCGAACUGGAGAACCUGGUGAACCAGGCAGCUCUGAAAGCAGCAGCCGAUGGGAAAGACCUGGUGACCAUGAAAGAGCUGGAGUUUGCGAAGGAUAAGAUACUAAUGGGCCCAGAGCGCCGGAGUGUGGAGAUUGACAAGAGAAAUAAGAUGAUCACAGCCUAUCAUGAGUCUGGACACGCUAUAGUGGCUUAUUACACCAAAGACGCAAUGCCCAUCAACAAAGCUACCAUCAUGCCACGUGGCCCUUCACUUGGUCACGUAUCGUUGCUGCCAGAAAAUGAUCGCUGGAGUGAGACUCGGGCCCAGCUUUUGGCUCAGAUGGAUGUCAGCAUGGGUGGCAGGGUUGCUGAAGAACUGGUAUUUGGAAAUGAUCACAUCACUACUGGUGCAUCCAGUGAUUUUGAUGGAGCCACUAAAAUAGCACAGAUGAUGGUGACGCAGUUUGGAAUGAGUGACAGGCUGGGGGUCAUGACCUACAGUGACCUGACGAACCACAGCCCAGAGACCCAGGCUGCUGUAGAACAGGAAAUCAGGGUGCUGUUGCAGAACUCGUAUGAAAGGGCAAAGAAGCUACUUAAGACCUACAGCAAAGAACACAAGCUGCUGGCCGAUGCCCUGCUAACUUACGAGACUCUAGAUGCAAAGGAAAUCCAGAAGAUCCUGGAGGGAAAGUCACUGGAUCCUAGAUGAUAAAGUCUUGGAUCAACAAAGACAUUUCGAGGCACAAGCUUACUUUACUUGUAAAUAUAUAUGUUUGUAAGAACAAAGGCUUUUGAAUGACUUUCUAUUGCUCUAUCAAUAUUUUUAAUUUUUAAGACAACACGUUGGCAACAUAUAUAUAUUUUUUAUUAAUUUGAGACAGUACAUUGAUGCCAAAAGUACAUAUUCCCGAAUAUGGUAACAAAUGAAAUAAUGUGAAUUCUUUGCUUUGAUUCAAGAAGCUAUAACAGGAAGAGGAUGUUUAUCAUGUUUUAUUCUUUCUAUUAUUUGUUAUCCAGUCACCAGAUAAUAGCACUUGUUUAUUAUAAUCUUUUUGGAAUAGAUAAAAACAGGAAGCUAAUAAAUGAUGCAUUUUACUUAAAGCAAAUUGAAAACCAAUUGUCCAUACCAUAGUAGUAUAGAUUCUUCGCUUUUUCCAUGAAGCCCUAAACCAUUAUGAAUGUGACUUCAGAAUGUCAGUAUUAUUUUAACAUCAAAUACAGAAUAAAUAUAUCUGUAAAUGCGUAUCUAAACAAUUGACUCAGAGUACUGUACAUUUUUGCCAUAUUUCCAAUGGACCUUACCCUGAUUUUAUUCAUUAAGUUAUUUAUUUGAAUAUGCUCUUCCAGAGGUAGCUAAAAGCCUCUUGCCUCAUCCUCUGCCUCAUUUUGAUUGUCUGCAUGUGUGUGUGUGUGUGUGUGUGUGUGUGUGUGUGUGUAGGGCUCAGGUGACUUGAUUGUUAAUAUGUGUUUGGAAAAUUCUUACUGUGCUUUCUUUUGAAGUUAAUUACAUAUAUAUAUAUAUAUAUAUAUAUAUUAGACAAUAAAUAAAGCAAAAAAAGCCUA